AUGGCUUCGAGAUAUGUGGACUCUCCUGUCGACUGUAGCGUCAAAUGUGAUCGGACCAAAGUGAAGGGAAAGACUGCCAUCAUUACAGGAGGGGCAAAUGGAAUUGGGGCAGCGUAUGCCAAAGCUUUGGCUGACGCAGGAGCAUACGUCAUGAUUGGUGACCUGGACGACGUUCGCGCCGAGAGGAUUGUGUCUUUAUACCCCGGACAAAUUUGGGCAUCCCAUUGCGACGUGACCAGUUGGGACGAUCAGGCAAGGAUGUUCCAAGCGACGCUGAAAGAGUUGCCAACUGGACGUGUUGACAUCGUCGUCGCAAACGCAGGCAUUAGUGGCCAAGAUCCAGUCUUUGUGGAAGAUGACGCCGCGGGGUCGACGCCUCAGAAGCCGAAUCUCAAAAUUCUGGACAUCAACCUCAUUGGAGUUAUGUACACGAUCAAGCUGGCUCUAUUUUACUUCCGCAAACAAUACAAUGCUGCUGUCGCAUCGGGACAGGAGGGCAUCGACUCUAGCCUUGUUCUUCAAGGCAGUCUGGCCGGAUUUGUCGAUCAGCCUGGAUCGCCACAAUACAACGCCUCCAAGUUUGGACUUCGAGGUACUAUGAGGUGCCUGAGAAGAACUUCCUUACAGCACGGCACCAGAGUCAACUACAUUGCGCCAUGGUACAUCAAAACAGAUAUCAUUAGCGAUGCCGUGGCGGAACGCAUCACCGACAAAGGAGCUGUAUUUGCGUCGAUAGAUGACGCGGCUGAAGCUCUUCUCAGGGCAGCUUGUGAUAAGAGCGUCUGUGGUCGAGCACUCGCUAUCGUGCCUCGUAUAUGGGCUACUUUGGGAUAUCUAGAUGUGGAUCACGACGAUUAUAAGGAAGGCGACUUUCUCAAACAAUGGCAAGAAAUAGUCCUGAAGACCAGUCACAGAUUGACGGGACCAUCAGUCGCCGAUUGA